UGUGCCUCCAUCUCUCUCUCUUACAGAACAUGUGAAGAGCCGGUAACUCGUGGCUCUCAACCACGGUGUAGGAGUCAUGGACGAGAGAUUGUAUACGGCUGCUCUGACCGAUAAUGUAGUUCACCUGCAUCAAUUGCUCAACGAAGACCCUCUUAUGCUCCACUCUGCUGCUUUGGCUUCUGCAGAGACACCUUUACAUGUUGUCUCCAUAUGUGGGAAUCUUCAGUUUGUAAAAGAGAUGAUAAGAUUGAAACCUGAAUUCGUUGGAGAACUAAACCAGAACGGAUUUGGUCCAGUUCACUUGGCUGCGGCAAAUGGGCAUGUUGAGAUAGUGAAGGAGCUACUGAUGGUCAACCGGGAUCAUUGUCGUUUGAAGGGUAGAGAAAGAAGCACACCUCUUCAUUAUGCAACUGUGAAAGGCAGAAUUGGAGUUAUAAAUGAACUGAUUUCGUGUUGUGAAGAAUCCGUUGAAGAUGUUGCAAUUCGAGAAGAAACAGCUCUCCAUCUCGCAGUAAAGAACAACCAGUUUGAAGCUUUAAAAAUUAUGGUGGACAUGCUCAGGCGGCUGAACAAGGGGGAAAUAUUGAAUAAGAAGGAUCAAGAAGGUAACACGGUUCUACACCUUGCAGCAUCAUCGAAACAACGAGAGGCAGUAGAACUGUUGCUUAUGAAGGCUCCUAGUUGUACGCCAUUGGAGGUGAACUUGAUGAACAAAAGCAAUCUCACAGCUCUUGACUAUCUACUGAUUCUUCCCAUGGAACCAAAUGAUAGAGAUAUAGAAGCAAUGCUUCGUCAAGCAGGAGCAAAGAGAGCUCAGGAGAUAGGUCAAGUCCUCGAUCUUCAGAUUCUUGAAAAUUAUACUAACAAUCAGGCAGAAAUAACAGUGGCCGAAUCUCCAUUAGAUCGUUUGGUUGGAUUCUUCAAGUUUCAAAGAGGAAGAGAUUCUCCAAGUGACGCGAGAAAUGCUUUAUUAGUUAUAGUCGUAUUAAUCGCAACGGCAACGUACCAAGCUGGUCUUAGUCCUCCAGGAGGUGUUUGGCAAGACUCUGGGAACGCUAGUAAUCAAACCGCUAUUGGCAGCAGCAAUUACGUCAGUACGAAUACGAGUGGAUAUGCACCAGGGGUAUCAAUUUUGACUGGGUUCUAUGUUUCUCUUUUCAUGAUUCACAUUCUCACUUGUGGUUUUCCUUUGAGAUUAGAGUUGCAAAUAUGCAUUUGGGCAAUGGGUUUUACUUACAGUAUUACGAUGUUCACAAUUACACCAAAUGGUAAACUUCCUUUGUCACUGUCUUUUAGCUCACUGGAACAAUGUUACCAGCUAAUUGUCAACCCUUUAGCUUCAUAUAUGUUCUAUAUAAACUUCCCCAUUGCCUUAACAUCAUAUCUUCUUCACUCCCAAAUGGAUCAAAGAUUGUUUGAUGCAGCUCAAACAGGGAACUUAGAGCUUUUAGAAGAAUUACUUACCGAAGAUCGACUAAUCCUCGAAAAAGUUCCCUUGUGUUCGGAGACGCCACUAGAUAUAGCAGUGCUAGCGGGGAAAACCGAAUUUGCGAAAGAGGUUAUAAGACUGAAGCCGAGAUUUGCAACAGAAGUCAAUAAAGACGGGUCUAGUCCGAUUCAUGUAGCUUCAGCUAAUGGAUACGUUGAGAUUGUAAAAGAACUGUUAAUGUUAACAAAUAAUCAAGUUGUUGGCUCUUGUAAUUUAUGUUGUCAUAAAGAUAUAGAAGGAAGAACUGCUCUUCAUUGUGCAGUCAUCAAAGGGAGAAUUGGUGUUAUCCGUGAGCUGAUAAAUUCUGCUUGUUCUUCUGAUUGUGUUCGACAAGUGACUGCAAGAAACGAAACUGUUCUUCAUCUUUGCAUAAAGAACAACCAGUUCGAAGCACUGAAAGUCUUGUUGGAGAGUGUCGAUGAUGAUGAACUCUUGAACGCCAAAGAUCGGGGUGGUAACACUUUGUUGCAUUUGGCUAUCUCUAAGAGGCAUUAUCAGAUCAUAGAAUAUUUGUUGCUAAACCAAGCAACUGUUAAUCGGCUCCAAGUCAAUGCAAAAAACUCCCUCAACCUGACGGCCUCGGAUAUAUUUGAUCUCUUGCUUAGCAGUUCAUGUGAGAUACAUGAUAUAGAAAUCAGAGAAACUCUUCGUAACGCCGGUGCUGAGAGAUCCAGAGACAUUAUCCCUAAUGAUCAACAAGUUGGUGGAGCCAUACCUCCGACGCCGGUAAUUUCCAGUCAAGAUGUACCCACAGUUCAUCAAGAUCAUGUUACCAUUCCUAUACAAGAACCGAUUAUGUCUCGGGCAACAAAAGUACUGAAAGAUUUCUCCAAGGAGAUCUUUGGAGAAAUUGAAAACUCGACCAGUGAAACACGAAAUGCUUUAAUGGUUGUUGCUGUUCUCAUAGCCACUAUCACUUACCAAGGUGGAAUUAACCCACCAGGUGGUGUUUGGCAAGAUCACAAACAUGACAAUAAUAGCACUAUUACUGCAAACAGUACUGCCUUGGGAUAUACGAUGCACCACGCAGGAAAAGCCGUUAUGGUGUAUGAGCAUCUUUGCUUCAUAUUGUUCAUGGUGUUCAACACAGUAGGGUUUUUUACUUCUCUAAUCAUAAUUUCACUGCUCACGAGUAGAUUUCCUCUCAAAGCUUGGCUUCGACUCGCUGUUAUAUCAAUGGCAACCGCCUUUGGGUGUGGUGUGUGCUUUAUUGCAUCAUUUAGCGGGUGUAUAAAGAUAUUUCUUUUACUGUUCUUCUGUAGUGCUGUUCUUGGUUGGUAUUAUUGGUGGAUUGAAAAAAUUGCGUUAGUUGCUCUGAGAAGGUUAAACAACUCAGAGAACGGGAACUAUUUUCAGCGGAUUGUUCAAUUCAUAGCAUCUCAUUCAUUCAGGCCGAAUAAUGCAGUCCAGGACGAGGUUCAAACCAGAUGACACCAUGAAUAUACAUGUCUUUUUUCAUUUUAACUUUACGUUAUGUAGUAAUGUACCAUCCUCUGAAACUACGUAUUCAGGUCAUAGUGUUUAUAAGCUCAAAGUUCUGUGAUUAUACAGAUAUGUCGAUACUAAAAUGUUCUCACUAUAUUCUGAGAACUUUCAGAUUAAUCACUAAAUUAUGUUUUUAUUUUA